UUUAGUUUACGUUCCUAGGGUGUGAUUAUCAUCCUUUAAGUCACGACAACGCUUGAAUACAAAGGUGGAAUAGAAGCAUGAUUACGAUCAAGGUGUAAAUAAAGACAACGUGUCGAAAUUGGGUUUCGGUAGGAACGUUUUUACAAAUCGGCUGCCUAUUCAUGUAACGAACCAACUUUUGCAUUACAACAUAAUGGCCACUGUUGCGACACAGAUUGCUGCAGUCGAGGCUGAGAUUCAGGGCUGUGAAGAAAGGCUGGAUGUGAUAGAGCGAUCUCUGCGCCUCAGGGAUGACUUGAAUGACUCUGAUAGGAAGGAAUUGAAAGAAGAAGCCAAGCGAGUCAACAAGACGCUGACAAAUCAUAAAAGUGAGCUGAAACAGUUGCGGAAGGAGAAUUGGAAAAACAUGUUGCUGUCCGUGUUAUUGAUGGGACUGGUAUAUCUGACCUACCAUUACAUUUGGGCUCCAUAACGAGCAAUAAAGUCAGUGUAUAAUUAA